AUGGAAGCAACGGGUGAGGGUCGAGGCAACGGCGAUGAAAUCAAUGCUGCUUGCGCGGUGCAGCUCCCCUCUGGAGAGCAAAGCGACGAGGCGGAGGAGAGGAGCAAGGCGGAAGCGGAGGGCUACGUGCGGGCUGCGAGCGUGGCGGAGGUCAAGGCGGCGCCCAGCCGCAAGUGGAAGUGCCUCCAGGUCGAGAAGCGCAGCGUCACCUUCUUCCACCAAGACGACCACAUCUACGCCCUGGACAGUUGGUGCUAUCACAAUGGCGGGGGCCUGAUGAGGGGCGACAUCGAGGACUUCGGGGGACGACUCGCCGUGCGAUGUCCGCUCCACUCCUACCGGAUUGCGUUGGAGACGGGCGAGGGCCUGUACAUGGGAAUGAUCGGGGGCGUCAAGUCCAAGGGCGUAAAGCAACGGGUCCACCCCGUCAAGAUCAUCGGCGAUCACGUCUACAUCAAGAUCUCGAAACCGAAGCAGACGAACACACCAGAGGUGCAGUCGGACUGCUAUCAGUUCAUUCGCGGCUAG